AAUAUCACUGAGCUGAGCCUGACUCAGAUUAUGCCUUAUGGUCGAAAUUAAACAAUCAAUGUUCGAAUGUCAGACCGAUUGACUACAGGCUUCAGAGUCCAGGGCCACAUACCCUUCAUCGAAGUACAGACUGCUCUCUCGAUCACCGACAUUCAAUCAGAUCGAUGAUCUAUCUGUCGCACUUUUCUGGGUGCUGCGCCAUUGGCUCCGUAGAGGGCUCCGAAAAUAGCGCAGCCAGCAUCACUCGCCUCGCCAAUAUGAGAGUCAAAUCAUCCUCAUGACUGACAGGUGUCACACCGCGCCCAGCCCAUGGCCUCGCCUCAGAAAGCGCCACGAUGGACACGGGGCUCCCCGAAAAGGCUCCACGCCAUGGUAGCGUACAACUUGGAAAGGAAAAGGUGCGGACCAGUAGCACCGCGACUAUCUUCCGCAACUCUGUCGAUGAAGGUCAAGGCGCCGAACUUUCCGAUAAGCAUCGAAGAGACGAUGCGAUGGAGCGGCACAAUCAGACUGCUGAGGAGCCGAGCAAGGAUGCCAAAGAGACAACUUUCUUCAAGUCGAUGCAGAUUAGCUUGCAUGAACCAGUGGGGAGCAUGAGCUUGAGUCCAGCCAAUCGUGACGUCGUGCUUGGAGCCCGCAAAGGCCUAUUCAUUAUAGAUCUCGAGAACCCGUACGAUCAGCCCCGUUUCCUUGCUCACCUGACCACUUGGGAAGUAGCAGAUAUACAGUGGAACCCACAUCCGGCACGGGCACACUGGGUCGCAAGCACUUCCAAUCAGAAGCUGCUCGUGUGGAACCUCGAUAGACCAAGCAGUGCACGAUCAUACAUCAACCGAAGCGCAACGUCGUUAUCAGGUGCCGAUAGCUUGACGCAGCCCUCUGCCCGACCUAGCCUGGGCGAUCGCCAAUCAACGUUCUCACGAGUUUCUGCGGGAGGCACAAGUCAGCCUUCCGGAUGUCGCGCAUCGUAUCCCCUUCAAUCUGGUGGGGGGAGUAUUCAAUUGAAAAGCAAGUACACUCAUAGGACUGGCUCUAUUACCACUGGCGGCGAGUCGAGUUUCUAUCCAAGUAGGUGCGGAGGCGUCCAUAUGACUGUCCAACGGAGGCUCUCGCCCAUCUCGCACGUGUUGCAGAAUCACACCCGUGCUAUUACUGAUAUCAACUGGAGCGCCUUCAACCCGGACGUUCUCGCAAGCUGCGGCAUCGAUACAUGGACUUGGAUAUGGGAUCUACGAAUGUCUUCGAGCGACGCACAAGGCGGGACCAGCCUUAGCGGCAAGCCUGUCCAAGGAUACUCUGCUUGGAAUGCGAGCGCCACACAGGUUAAGUACAAUCGAGCAUCUCCACAUCGGCUGGCCACUGCUGUAGACAACAAGGUGCUUAUCUGGGACGAGCGCAAAGGGUCUCUCCCGCUUGCGACGAUCGAGGCGCACGAAUCGCGGAUUUACGGCAUCGACUGGAGCCGCGAUAUGGGGGUUGGUUUGGACCGCUUGAUCACAUGCUCACUUGAUGGCUCAGUCAAGUUUUGGAAUCUCGCCAGCGAGCAUGCUCAGGGCGCGAUUGGACGCAGGGAGCUGAUCACAGGCCCCGAAGGGGUCAUCGAAACGCCCACACCAGUUUGGCGAGCGCGGCACUUGCCCUUUGGCGAAGGCGUCAUGACCCUGCCGCAACGGGGAGACAAUGCACUCUCUAUGUGGAGUAAAGAAGAGGCAUACCAGCAAGAGCGACGGCGCGAAGCUGGAGAAACUGACGACUCCGAAAUUCAGCCUGUGACACGAUUUGAAGGUCACACUGAUAUCGUCAAAGAGUACCUUUUCCGCACUCGCGGCGGCACAGAUCGCGCAUAUGAUGAUCGCCAGUUCCAGCUCAUCACUUGGAGCAAAGAUCAGACGCUCCGCCUUUGGCCCGUCUCCGAGCAGAUCACAAAGGCCGUUGGGCACAAGCCUGGGUCUGCGAUUCGGAUACGCUUCACGCGCAACAACGCUCGCGAUAUAUCCUUUCGCGUUCCGCGCAUUGAGCACGACCACGAUUUACUGCCAUCGAGCAACAUCAUGAGCGACUAUGGGCCUGGGAUCUCAUCACCAGUCCUCAGCUCUGGGGCAAAUUCCCAAGACGUGCGCAGCUCGUGCGCGAGCUUGCCCGCGAGCGCCAAUUCUGCUCGCAAUGCGACCCCACUUCAGGUUGCACAUUCACCUUUCGGACCUUCAUCGCAUCACAGUGCUGGCUUCCAUGCGCCAGCACACUUUACUAAGGGCAUCCUUCGAUCCGCGAAAACCCUCUCCUCCAUCAAGCUCCCACCUUCCAUGACUUCCCAUGAACCGGCUUCCGGACAGGCUCCCAUGACAGGCGUGAAGUUGGCCACUGGCGCACGUUCUGGCACGAGCAAAAGGCGCACCACUCGCGAACUUCUUGCUAAGGACGCAGCUCGCAGUCGCACAAGCGAACAUGAGUGGCAGCAGGCAGCAUCAAAGACCACAGGCUUUAUGACUGUCAACGGUGUUCGCCAAGGGCCUUUUCGCUUCCAUCGCUCGCAGGCGGCCGCCGCUGAUCCAUUGGACUGGAUCGCGCGUGUGAAGAUGCAAGGCGAGGGCGAAGAUGCACCUGCUAAGAAUACUCUGAGGGAGGAGGAUGACCCUUCCGAGAUGGACGGAUCGGUGAUGGAGUAUGCUGGCGGUGGUGAGAGCGCAGCAAGAAAGAAAGGAGCACAUUCACUGAGCGAUGAAAUCAUGGGUCUCAGCAAGCGUCUUCCACGGGUCAUUUUUGAGAAGGUGGAAAUCGCGCAACGCAACUGCGUCAUCGCGCUCUAUGGGCCAUGGGCAAGCAGAGAACCUGCAUUCGUACGAAUCAACUUCUCUUUUCCGACAAACUAUCCUGACACACCGCUUCACUACGAUCUGGAGCGCUCGGCCAAGAUCGUGCUCAAGACACGUGCUUUCCUAUUGCGCAAUCUUGCCUCCAUCACCAGCGAGCAGGCACGUGAGGGACAGCCGAGCAUGGAAGCUUGCGUGCGCUUUUUACUUGGCGAGACGCUGUCAUCCGACCCGACAACCUCUGCUCAGCGUCCACCAGAACUUGGUGACGAUGAAGGAUCUUCGGAGGAGGAUGAGCCCAUCUAUCAAACGCCACAGCUGCUUCCCGUCCGUUGCGGUGCUAGCUUUGGUAUGCAAGGACAGCUUGUGGUAUUCUCGCCGACCACGAUGCAGCCAUGGCUCCGCGAUGUGUCUUCUAGGGAUGCGAGCAGGCAACGAAGCAGGUCUCGUCAGGGACAACCUGCCAACUCCACAUCUUCACGCCCUUCUCGCUCGGCCGCCGCGCCCACGGACCGAUUUUUAACAUCAUAUGAUGCCUUGUCCAACGCAAUGACGCGGUUGGCUGAGAAAAGCAAUGAAGGCCAACGCACCAUGCAAGCGCUGGAUGUCUUACAGCUCAUGAGCUCAGACUUUAUCUCACGCAGGUCUGAACAACAGCAACAGGCUAGAACAGGCGCAAGUCGUCGUGAAAAAAGCUUGGGGAAGGCCGUACUUCCUGCAUUACAGACUCCUAGCCAGGAGCCAGACCACAAAGAUACCGCUGUAGCUUCGACGGGAUAUCUGACCUCCCUACAGACACUACACACACAAACGUGGCAAGUGCAAAUCUACGACGUCUCGCACAUUGUGCCAACACCGCGGACAGCAUUCUCGCGACGACGCUCUUCAUCGCUACCUUUCAGCAUGUCGAUCCCCAGUCGACCCAACAGUCUGUCGCUCUCGCUUUCGGGAGAACUGCCUUCGCCGACGGUAACAGUGCGUCAUCCGCACUCCCCCAUGCUCGGUCCGCUUUCGCCUGUUGGCUCGGACGGGACAGCAUCCGGUGUGCAAAAGAGCAAGUCGAUCAUUGGCUUACAAUCGUUCUUUACGCAAUGAACAAUUUUCUGUAAUACAUAUAGUACUAUGCAGUCUGUGUCCAUCG